AUGGAUGAGUACAAGUUGUGGUAUUCAGGUAGUGAGAGACGUAGGAAUGACGUAGGUAUAUUAGUGGAUGAAGAGCUUAGAGAGCAAGUAGUGGAGAUUAAUAGGGUUAGCGAUGGGGGGAUAACUAUUAAGUUAGUCAUUGGGGGGUUUAUGGUGAACAUCUGUAUUGCUUAUACACCACAGGUGGGCCUAGACGAGGAGGAGAAGAGAAGAUUUUGGGACAUUUUAGACGAGGUGUUUAGUAGCGUGCCUAGCUCGGAGAAGAUUUUUAUAGGAGGGGACUUCAAUGGGCACAUUGGGGCUUUACCGGUAGGAUAUGGGGAGGUGCAUGGAGGCUUUGGCUUUAGGGACAGGAAUGAUGCAGGAGCCGUUCUUUUGGAUUUUACGAGGGCCUUUGAGUUGGUGGUAGUGAACACCUAUUUUUCAAAGGAGGAGGAGCAUCUAGUUACUUUCUGUAGUAGGUUAGCCAAAACUCAAAUUUAA